GGACGUCUCUACUGUACGUAAUACUUCGGCUCUCGUGGAAGCCCCGCGUCUCCCAACAGCUGUUGGUUGGCCUCAUGCGGCAUGUCGUGCAUCACUGCAAUAGUAAUAGUAGCAGCAGCAUUACACAAACUAUAAGAAUUCUUGGAGCUCACGACUUGGACUUUUAAGUUGCAAAACUGAAGUGAUUUUCAAGACAUGCUACAGGGUAUGACACGGCACCCGCUUCCUGAUCUAUCGUCAACACUACUACUGUAGGUAUCUUAGCACAAUGACUCCUUCUCCUCUUCUUGGACCGGAGGCUAGGAUCGAUAUACCGUCCUUGCGCAAUCUAGCUCUAUUCCGGGCCACCGACGAUAACCCCUCACUCUUCGAUCGGCUAUUGAUAACAGCAGCAAGAUGCAUGACUCUGAAGUCCGACGCCAACGAAAUGCCUCUCGAAUUUAAUACGGACAUUUUGCACCGAUGUGGACAUUGCGGCUGCCGUUUCUACAAACGCCGUUCUCCUCUAUCCGCUUUAGCAGUUAAAGGCUAGCCUCGGCACUAUCAUUUUAGCUUAUUACAAAGACGAGGAGCAGACACUUGCGCGAUCUCGACAUUCAAGCGCCGACUCAAAAGGCCGUGCUAGUGCAUGGCAGCUUCGAGUCAGUCGUUGUGAAGGUACUGCUUGAGGAGCAAUGCGGAUCGAUAUGUUGCGAUAGGUACUGUAGGUAGUAGGGCAGGUUCUCGCACGUCCGGGAAAAGAACUGGGCAUUUAUCCGAAAAAGUCGAUUGAUCAAAUCCACAAUACGACUUUUAGAGUAGUAUCCGUCCAGUUCCAAUAGCAUCGCCCUGUCUUUUUAAGAUUGCUGGGUGACUUGUAUUAUUUCACAACCAAAGAAGGGGGGUAAAACGACGGCGCCCCAGGAACAAAGCCGAGAUACGUGAGUGGAAUUACUACACGUAAAACAU